GACUUUCUCCAACAGGACUCUCGACAGGACUCCUGCAAGAAUUUUUUUGGGACUCCUCAUGACUCCAUGUUGGACUUUUCACUUUAGAAAGUUCCUGCGAGAGUCAUCAGGACUCCUUACGAUUGCUGCUGGAGUUUUUCAUAAACUUGGGACUCCCGUUGGAGUUUUGCCGGGAGUCUCGACUAGGGUAGCCGACGGACAUACGACCAUAUAGAAUUAUAGAUUCUUCCUUAAACAACUAUGUUCAAGAAAAAAAAAAUUCGAAGUUAUUCUAAGUGUGAGAAUAUACACACUUGUAUUUACACAAGAGUGUAAAACAAAACGAUGAUUCAGGAAUUUCCAAGAUUUUAGUACAAGAAGUCAAGAGAUUACAAGGUGUUCAAGAUCUUGACUUCUUGAAACUUCUUGAGUUCUUACAUUUUCUUGCCAAGAUCGUGAAUCAAGAUCUUACUGAAAAAGUUCAAGAAUUUCAGAUCUUGAUUACAAGAAGUUUCACUACGGAUAACUCGACUAAGUCUGAUUUCUAACACAGAGUGUUAACCUCAGUACUUGAAUUUACCUAAACUGUUUGGUUUGUUUCUCUUGUUAGCAUUAAAUUUGAAUGUUCAUAUAUGGCCGGUUAUACAAAUCUCAAUCGUUUAAGUUUGAUUCAAUUAGAAACUGAAGAGCGUAAAUAUCGUGCUCAUUUAAAAAAAGUAGCCGAAAUGAAACGCCAUAGUUCUAUCGAUAAUAAACCACUAGUAAAAUAUCCACAUUUGAAAAUAAGUAAUAAAUUUCAUACUGCUCAAAGACUACGUGAAAUCGAACAAGAAAAUCGAUCAAUAUCACAAAAACUUGUUGAAAUAACGAGAACAAAAUCAAAAAAUAGGAGUAAUCAGCAAAUGACCAUGAAGAUUCCACUAAUAAAUAGAAGAACAAAUUUUUCGAUCAAUAGUACACCUUUCAAUGGCAUAGAUAGCAAUGCGAAAAUUACUGAACGUUUAACAAAAACGAAAGGCAUUUAUAACGUUAAAAAAUGGAAUGACGAAUAUGAACUACACAAAUCGUAUUUAAAAAUAUCGAAAAAUAAUAAAUUAUUUACGCCGAUAGGCAUCGGCUCUAAUUAUCGCCCGGUCAAAACAGCCACAUCAAAAACGUCGACAUCAUUCACAAUGCUAGUCGUCUAG